CCCCCCACCACCCCCCCAAUGGCCUCAGUAGCACGGUAUCUGGGCCGUCCGGCCCAACUCCUCGUCCGUCGGGGCCAGUUCCCCUUGACCGUGCCAUUCCGCCCAUUCUCCGUCUCCCGCCGCACCCUCAUGCCCAAGGACCCGGACUUUCUACCAGAGCCCCGGGAACUGCGUCCGGAAGAGCUGCCCCCGGCACCCGAUUACUCGCCGGACGACCUGCCGAAGGAGGUGCGCGCCCAAUACGAUGCAAUGUCGCUCACGGAGCGCGAGGAGUUCGACAAGUUCAACCGCGACAUGGUGGCCGAGUACAACAACAUUGGCAGGCGGGUGGCCAUCUUCGACGAGUUCGACCGCCAACUCAACCAGAUCGACCGCGACAUCCCGCUGCACUUCGACGAUCAGCCGCUAAGUAAGAAGGGCAAUGGAUUCUGGGCUGCAGAUGAGGAGGAUGAUGAAUUCGCCGUGGACCUGGACAACGACGAGCAUUUCAACGACGACGAGAUCACGAGCAUGGCUCACGCCGAACUCGAACUGCACCGCGAGAUUCGAGAGUAUACUCGUAUCGCGGCCUGGGUGAUGCCUUCACUGAGUGCACUCGCCCAACCCUUCACCCUCCCUCCUUCCACCCACAUCCUCCGCUUCCGCUACACAACCUACAUGGGCGAGCAACACCCGUCGGAACCGAAGGUCGUCGUCGAACUGUGCUCCAAAGAUCUAACGCCCACGUACCUGACGGAACCGCAACGCCAAACCUUCCUGAAGCUGGUCGGAACCCGCUACAACCCGCAGACGGACAUCGUGCGCAUCUCAUGCGAGAAGUUCGGCGCCCGCGCCCAGAACAAGCGAUACCUGGGCGACGUGAUCAAGACGCUGAUCAAGGAGGCGAAGGAGGGCGACGCGUUCACGGACAUCCCUCUCGACGUGCGGCACCACAAGCCCAAGGUUACCCGCCGGUUCCCCGACGAGUGGGUGAUGACGCCGGAGCGGAAGAAGCAGCUUGAGGCCCGGAGGGCGGAGAGAGCGCGUGCCCGGGACGAGGAGCUGAAGCCCCCCGUGCAUGGAAACCAGAUCGUUCUGGAUGCUAUCCAGUCCCUGCCGGCGUUGAACUCGUCUAUGGUUGCUAGAGCGACGCAGGAGCGCGAGAAGGUCGCUAUAAAGGUCAAUGCCAAGUCACAGAAGAAGAGACUUCGCUGAGAUUGAGGCUGAUUAAGGGAGAUGGAGAUGGAGAUGGCGAUGACACUGAGCAGGGGGCUCAUCUCAUCUCGUCCUCCUCUGUCCUGUCUCGUCUUCUGUCUUGUCUAUACAUAAAGAACUGAUGUGUCUGUUUUUUUCCCCAAGGGUUUGCAUUUCCUUUUUCUUUUCCCUUUUCCUCUCUGUACUUUCUGUCACCUAUCAUCCUGUCUGUCUGUUUGUGUAGGCUCAAACAAAACAGGGCGGCGCUAUUUCCUGCAUGGUUGUAUUAGAUAUUAUCUAUCUAGUUUAUGUCAAUGUACCAUAUUUCAUUUACUGUGACACUGCACACACACCACCUGAUUUGUCCUAUC